AUGAUGUUCUUCAGUUUUCCGUUGCUCCUUGUGGUGGCAAAUUCCGUGUCUUGCCAGACACUUGACAUCCGAAAGCGAACUGUAGGUGACCCGCUCGGCCUCAAAACUUUUAUGUCUGUUAUAAAACCAGUAAUGGAGAGUAUGCCAACUGUGACCCAUGUCUUCUGCGCCAUCGUGCAUAACUUAUCAAAAGCCUUAUUGGACGCGCUCACAAGAGUCGCAAAGGGAACUCUGAACAUCGUCAAGAAGAUCCUGGGAAGGGUUGUGAAUGUAGUGGACUUGGCCUCGAUUAGCGCCAGCAAGCCAUUAGAGACCGUGUGUGAAAGUCUCAAUUCAGUAUUUGCUAUGGUGUUGAGUCAUGUGGCGCCUUUGCUUAGUGCCGCCUCAAAGCUCCCUCCAAAGACAUCCCAAUGA